AUGCCUUCAAACAGCUUACUUCUUUCCUCCAAGUCCACCCAGAUCAAGCAGACGCCUAGAGACAAGUUUUUCUCAAGGUUUUUAACCAGAGAACUCACCAUGUCUGGCUUCUCCGUUGAUGAUUACCAUGGAGAAACAUCUGUUGCAGUGCCUUUCGAUUGGGAGUCUCAACCAGGUACUCCCAGAAUCAAACACAACGAAACUCCUCUUCCACCUCUUACACCACCUCCUUCCUAUUUCUACACUUCACCAAAAUGCUCCGCAAAGAAACACUCGAAGCCUAAUCUCGUAGGCAUCAUAUUCCCAAAACGCGGAGCAGGUAGGAAGGGCAGUGUCCCUUCAUCUCCUGCUGCUUCUUCUUCGUCAUCAUCUUCUUCUUCAUCUCAAUCGUUAGUAUCGCCGUGGCCAACAUCGUAUUCUGUGCCUUCUUCUCCGAUGGUCAAGCCAUCGAAUUUUCGAGGAAGGUAUGGGUUACCAAGCCCAAGAUUUUCAUUUGAUUCAAAAACAGAUGAGGAAGAAGAUCAAAAUGAUGAAUACAUAGCUCAUGUUUCAACUUUGAAUGGUGCAAAUUCCAGGUCUAGAGGAUGUUUUGCAUCUAUAAUCAAGCUAUUAGUCAAGGGUGUUUAG